CACAUGACGUAACGUCAGGUUUGUUGUCAAGCAAGCCUGCAACCCGUCCGCUACAGCUGUUGAACAAGGCAUUUGGUAACUGGUGUGUGCGCAGCCUCAUCGUCUGUCGGCAGGUCAACAUGGGUCGCAUCUUCCUCGACCACAUUGGAGGUUCUCGAUUGUUCUCGUGCGCCAGCUGCGACACCAUUCUGACGAACCGCAGCGAGCUCAUCAGUACGAGAUUUACUGGCGCCACGGGAAGGGCGUUUCUCUUCAACAAAGUGGUCAAUCUCAACUACAGUGAGGUGCAGGACCGAGUGAUGCUCACCGGCCGGCACAUGGUGCGUGACGUCUCCUGCAAGAACUGCGACACCAAACUAGGCUGGGUGUACGAGUUUGCCACCGAGGAGGGCCAACGGUACAAGGAGGGUCGCGUCAUUCUCGAGAGGGCGCUCGUCACCGAGAGCGAUGGCAUCGAGGAGCACAUGGCCAACUGACCCGCCUCGGCACCGCCCUACUACUAAGGCACUAAUGGUCAUGCACACAACAUUGCCCGUACUAGAAUAUCCCUCUGUUGCCGUGGACAUUGUUCCCGAAUGGGAAGGGCCAUGAGAUUUCAUAUGCGGGGAGCAAAAUACUUUGGUACAAAAUUUGCAGACAUAUUUUCAUUUGUGCCGUGUAGAAUUCUACAAACUUGCAGCAAAGACCGGUGAGGGAAAAAAAGAAAAGGAAAGUGUGCAAUGUCAUGUUUUAUGUUAUGGGCUACGUCAAUGAUGGUAACAGGAUCACUUACCAUGCAUGUUCUGUACAUAAUUGCCUCCAUACAUAGGUAUUAUUGAGGCUGCAACUUUGUGAACACCUCAUCUUAAAGUAGAGCAGCAACACAAACUUAGUGCGUAUUCGUUUUUUUUUUAUUACGUGGCAGAGUAAAAAUUACUAUUGUAGGAGCUUUCUGGAAGAGCAAACAAAACCCAAAGGUCUACUGCACAAUUUAGCAUUCGCAAUGCGAAUAGAAGGUAGGUAGCAUAAACAAGUAGAAGUGCAGAAAAUCUUCUUGUCUUAUGUGCAUGUGCUUGCUUUACCUAAAGUUGAUAGUGCCCUUGACUCGCAGCCAGAUUAGGACCAUGUUCACAGGUGCUAAUUUGAGCAGUGUCAAAGCCUAUGUUAUAUCUGGUUGAAACCCUGUGCACUGGCUCAACAUAGAAAAAGCCACGGUACCCAACUAAAGCACUAGCGACCUGGAAUGCUAAAAAAUGACCACUUUCUAAGAAAACUUCUCACUUUUUCAAGCACCAUCGCAAAGCUCACAUUGUCACCAUCUACGUCAGUACAGGUUAGUCAUAUUUACUGUAAAACGUGCGCUUGAUUUUUGUGGUUUGGUCAUGUUUCUACCUCUCUGGAGAAUUUGCCUUGAAAAUGUUACAAACUGAAUUUUACUUUGUUUUUCUUGAGCAGAAGCUGUCUGUGUGUAUAUAUAUAUAUAUAGUAAACAAGUCAAUGACAUCA